AUAGUAUAUAUAUAUAACAUAAAAUGGGUGCUUGCGGUACUAUCCUUUUACUUAUCCUUUGUUUCAUUUUAUCACCACUUGCUGUUUUAAUCAAGAAAGGUUGUUCAUCAGCAUUCUGGCUCAACGUUAUUCUUUUCAUUCUUGGUAUUAUUCCGGGUAUUAUCCACGGUAUUUUUGUCGUUCUCUCAUAGAUCAAAUAGUUUUAAAAUUUAUAUAAAAUACUCAAAUUGUAUCAAAUUCAUAUUUAUAAAUUGUAACCAUAUAUUCAUCACAGCCAACUAAUGAAAUAAAUAAAAAAUACAUUUAUUUUAG